ACUUGACCCUUUCAAUCAUGUAUCAUAGCAUUUCACCUAAUACCCAAGGAUUCUUUUCAUCCUAUGCAGCACGUAUAAAGCAAUCACAGGAGAAUGCAUUACUAUUACCACCGAGCUAUGUCACGGGUAAAAGACAACAUUUAGGCGAUGACUCCGAUCAGGAUUUUGAAGAAUUGUUAGAAGCCAGUGAUAAUGAAGGCGACACAGAACCUGUCGCUGGACAACAGCGAAAUACACGAUCCACUGUAGCAGCAGCAGCAGCCAUUGUAGAUGCCGAAGCUAAGUCAUUGGCUGCCAUUAAUGAGCAGAACAAGAAUCUGCCAAAGAAUCCUCACAAUAAAAACCACAUGAUUCCCAAUGUGCUGGAAUUGGAGCGCAUGUCGGAAAUAGCCGAAGUAUUGGUACCCAUUCGUCUUGAUAUUGACCUCGAUGAAGUCAAAUUAAGAGACGUGUUUGUUUGGAAUAUGAAUGAACAAUUUUUGACACCUGAAAUGUUUGCCGAGUUAUUAUGUGAAGAUUUAUACCUGGAACCUAGUAAAUUUGUUAAACCUAUUUCAGAAUCGAUUCGAACACAGGUCGUUGACUUUGAAGCCAUACAUGAAUAUGAAUUACCACCCAAUGGAAGUCACCGUGUUGAAAUAAAUUUAGAUCUCCAGAUUGGAAAAGUCAAUUUGCGAGAUAAAUUUGAAUGGGAUUUAAAUAAUGCAAACACAAAUGCGCCCGAAAUAUUCAGUCGACAAUUAUCUGCCGAGCUUGGAUUGGGAGGAGAAUAUGUGGGUAUCAUCGCACAUGGCAUUCGAGAUCAAUUAUUCAGACAUCGAAAGCAAAUUGUGGACGAAUAUGAAGGUUUGGAUAGUAAAAAGGACGAUUAUCUGGAUUCUGGAUUUAGAAAAGUAACAGAGGCGAGCAAAUGGGCGCCGCAACUCGAGGUCUUAUCCAAUGACGAAUUAGAAAAAUUAUUAAUUGCCCAAGAAAGAAAUAUCAGAAGACUUCGAAGAGAAACUAGAUUCAAAAGAAGUAGUAGACGGGCUCCUACCAUCAGAUCAUAAAAAUAAUAAAAUAAACCCCAAAUUAGGAUAAUAGAAAUCACA